CGAGCUAGUUCCAGGCAGUAGCGCUUGCCGCCGCCGCUGCCUCCUCCUCCGUUUCGCAUCGUGGGCAGCUGUCAGCGUGAACGGAGCGCAGCUCUCCUCGCUCCUGCCGCACAGCUCUUUUCACACACUGCUGCUGUUUGGGGGCGUUUUCGUCGAACUAUGACCCUCAGGUGAUACUUAACAUACCAGGUGGUUCUGGGAGUCCAGGUUGGUGCAGAGAGAGACAGCGCUAUUGCAGACCGGAGUGGACAGCCUUGGGCCUUGUGCCCUGUGUUUGAACUGCCGCUGUUGAGAAGAGGCUUGUGUUGGGGUAUUGGUGCAGGAUGGAGAAGGAGGAGCUGAAGAUCGUGAACAAAGGCCUGGAAGAUGAGAUGGAGAUCUCGGGGUACAGGCUGUGCCGAUGGAAGUUGGCACUGGUGGGCAUCGGCGUCCUCUGCACAGGGGGCUUCCUGCUGCUCCUCCUCUACUGGCUUCCUGAGUGGUGUGUAAAGGGCACGUGCACACGGACCUCCGUCCGCGACGCCCAGGUGGUGCUGCUCCAAUCCACCGACGAGUUUAAGAGGUGGUUCCUCGCCAAGGUGCGUGUGAUACUGGCCCCGGGGAGGAACCCCUUCGACAACCUGGAUUCCCAGACCACCUUGACUGUGGCCAACGGUCAUGGUCCCUCAGGAGGCCUCAUCAGGAAAGCCCAGGACUUGCAGAUCCGCUAUUUCACACUCCACAGCACAAAAUACUUUUGGAAUGAUACAAUCCAGAAUUUUGAAGUAUUCAUUGGCUUGGAGGACCAGAAGGUGACCUGCUCCGCCGUCCAUUCUGAGCACAGUGCUGGGCUCACCAAGACCCAGCAGGAUUACAGGAAGCUGUUUUUCGGAGUCAAUGAAAUUGCAGUGAAAGUGCCUUCUGUUUUCAAGCUGCUAAUUAAAGAGGUCCUGAACCCAUUCUACAUCUUCCAGCUCUUUAGUGUUAUUCUUUGGAGUGCUGAUGAGUACUACUACUAUGCCGUGGCCAUUGUUUUCAUGUCGCUCAUAUCGAUAGCUACCUCGUUGUACACCAUCAAAAAGCAAUAUAUAAUGCUCCAUGACAUGGUGGCAGCACAUAGCAUUGUUCGAGUGUCUGUCUGCAGAGCUAAUAAUGAAAUCGAGGAGACCAUGUCCACGGACCUAGUCCCUGGUGAUGUCAUGAUAAUUCCCACGAAUGGGAUCAUCAUGCCCUGCGAUGCUGUGCUUAUCAGUGGUACCUGCAUCGUGAACGAGAGCAUGCUCACAGGUGAGAGUGUCCCCGUCACCAAAACCAACCUACCCGACCCUGGACACAGUGUGAAGAGGGAAGCGGGCGACAGCACUUACAGCACGGAGGAGCACAAGAGGCACACGCUGUUCUGCGGAACCAGUGUCAUCCAAACGCGCUUCUACUCGGGAGAACAGGUCAAGGCAGUGGUGGUCAGGACAGGCUUCAGUACCGCCAAGGGUCAGCUGGUGCGCUCCAUCCUCUACCCCAAGCCCACCGAUUUCAAAUUGUACCGUGACGCCUACCUCUUCCUGCUGUGCCUGGUGGGUGUGGCAGGGAUCGGCUUUGUGUACUCCAUCGUCCUGAGCAUCAUAAACCACGUGCCGGCUAAAACUAUCAUCAUCGAGUCACUGGACAUCAUCACUAUCACGGUGCCCCCUGCUCUUCCUGCUGCCAUGACGGCAGGUAUCGUCUACGCCCAGCGUCGCCUCAAGCGCAUCGGCAUCUUCUGCAUCAGCCCCCAGAGGAUCAACAUCUGUGGACAGAUCAACCUGGUGUGCUUUGAUAAGACGGGCACUCUUACUGAAGAUGGGCUGGACCUUUGGGGGAUCCAUCGAGCAGAGAAGGGCAGUUUCUACCUGUCGGAAGAGAAGGUCUGUAAGGAGCCGCUUGUAAAAUCACAGUUUGUAGCGUGCAUGGCCACCUGUCACUCGCUCACCAAAAUCGAGGGCGAGCUGUCCGGAGACCCUCUGGAUCUCAAGAUGUUCGAGGCCACCGGAUGGAUUCUGGAGGAAGCGACUGAGGAAGAGACGUCCCUCCAUGAUCACAUCAUGCCCACCGUAGUGCGGCCACCCAAGCAGCUGCUUCCUAAGUCAGAGGAGGUGUCCAAGGAGCCGGACAUGGAGCUCUAUGACCUGUCGUCAUCGUAUGAGAUUGGCAUCGUUCGCCAGUUUCCGUUUUCCUCGGCGCUGCAGAGGAUGACAGUAGUGGCCAGGCUGCUGGGAGAGAAACGCAUGGAUGCCUACCUUAAAGGGGCCCCAGAGGUGGUGACCAGCCUCUGCAGAAAGGAAACAGUCCCAGAUGACUUCUCAGAAGUGUUGGAGAAUUACACGAAGCAGGGCUUCCGGGUAAUUGCCUUGGCCCACCGGCGUCUCGAAUCCAAGCUCACCUGGCACAAAGUGCAGAACAUAAACAGGGAUGUCAUUGAGACAAACAUGGAAUUCUUGGGGCUGAUCGUCAUGCAGAAUAAGUUGAAGGCCGAGACCCCAGGGGUCCUGGAGGACCUGCGGCGAGCCAAUAUUCGCACCGUGAUGGUCACAGGUGAUAACAUGCUGACGGCCAUAUCGGUGGCGCGAGACUGCGGCAUGAUUCUCCCCGAGGAGCGGGUCAUCAUCGCCGACGCGUUCCCUCCCAGGGAUGGCCAGGCUGCCACCAUCAACUGGCGUUAUGCCGACAAUCCAGUAAAACAUCCCGGAAAGGGUGUCCACCUAGAGGAAGUGGGAAUCACUCUUGAGGACGUGGACCACGGUGAGGAGCCCCGGGUUCAACAGCAAUAUCACUUUGCCAUGAAUGGCAAAUCCUUUGCUGUCAUCACAGAGCACUUCCAGGACCUGCUCCAGAAGCUCGUCCUUCAUGGCACUGUGUUUGCCCGGAUGGCUCCAGAACAGAAGACGGAACUGGUCGAAGCACUACAGAGUGUAGAUUAUUUUGUGGGAAUGUGUGGUGACGGCGCGAACGAUUGUGGUGCCCUGAAAAGAGCCCAUAGUGGCAUCUCCCUGUCAGAGCUGGAAGCGUCUGUGGCUUCCCCUUUCACCUCAAAGACCCCAAACAUCUCCUGUGUGCCCAGCCUUAUCAGGGAGGGCCGAGCCGCACUCGUCACCUCUUUUUGCGUGUUCAAGUUCAUGGCGCUAUACAGCAUUAUCCAGUACAUCAGUGUAACUCUGCUGUACUCUAUUCUCAGCAACCUGGGUGACUUCCAGUUCCUGUUCAUUGACAUUGCAAUCAUUCUGGUUAUCGUCUUCACAAUGAGUCUGAACCCAGCGUGGAAGGAGUUGGUGGCACAACGCCCCCCAUCAGGCCUCAUCUCAGGGCCCCUGCUCUUCUCUGUGCUCACCCAGAUCCUCAUCUGCCUGGCCUUCCAGACCUUUUCUUUCCUCUGGGUGAAACGCCAGAGCUGGUACGACACUUGGACACCUAUCUUGGAUGCCUGCAGUAUGUCCAGUUCCCACAAUGUUAGCUUCUCUGAGGUCUACAAUGAAACUGAAGACGAUGACCACAACAUCAGAAAUUAUGAGAACACUACACUUUUUUUCAUCUCAUCCUUCCAGUAUCUCAUUGUUGCCAUCGUGUUCUCCAAAGGAAAGCCUUUCCGACAACCAACUUAUUCAAACUGGCCAUUUAUGAUAUCAGCGUUUAUCCUCUACUUCUUCCUGCUUUUUAUCAUGUUUUAUCGAGUGCCUGAAAUUGAUGAAUUCCUAGAGAUUGUGUGUGUCCCAUUCCACUGGCGCAUGAUGAUGCUCUUUAUCAUGUUAGCUAAUGCAGCCGUGUCAGCCCUGGUGGAGACUCUCGUCCUUGACAUCGUCUUAUGGAAGCUUGUGUUCAGCCGAGACAAGCAGGGCAGCUAUGGCGUGACCGCUGCUGCACAGACACCUCAGUCAGGUGUCGAUCUCCGGGGAUCCAGAUGCCUGUCGUGGCUCUGCUGCCGAAGGAACAAGACCCCCAAAGCACGCUACAUGCAUCUGGCCCAGGAGCUGCGGGUCGACCCCGACUGGCCUCCCAAACCCACAACCACGACUGAAGCAAAGACCCCCCCAAGCCCCAAGAACAGCUCCUCCCACAGCCUGUCUUCCUCCUAGCGUUACGAGGUGAAGGAAAUGUCAACCGCUUCCACAGAAGAUGCUUUCACAGGAUCACGGCGAAAAGGCUGGACGGUGCUGUGCUACUAGUCAGGCAAACAGUUUUUCUCGCUCCAGGUGGCUCUGGACUUCAAACGAUCGCUGCUCCAAUUCCUCACACUGUAAGGUCACAUAUGUGACGGAUCCACAGGCUGGUGACUGUCAUUCCUCACUUUUCUGUGACCUCUUUUGACUUGACUGCUGCAGCCCAACUGACGUCAGGUAGGGGACAACAGAGACAGUACGGACGCGCUUUCCAUUGUGUAGUAGCUGCUGUCACUCGGUCCUGCCGUUCUUUUCGAACCGCUUGGAAAUCACUGAGGAUGGCUGGGUAGAGGAACAUCAGGGAGAAUUCCUCCCCUAAAAAAAUACCUGCUGAGUUACAGCACACACGUGUUCAAAGUGCCCCCACGGCAGUGCUAAAACACCACACCAUCAAAAAUGUAUGUAUUGUAAGAAACAAUUUUGAGGUUGUGUGUUGUAGAUCGGCGCGUUCCUCCUUGCAUUGAUGGGAGCAUAUUCCAAAAUGGACAAAAUAAAAUCACAACCUAAUGAUGCAACAAGUUAUGCCAAACUGGCAUGUGGCUCACAUGUUCUUUGCAGCUUUUAGAUGUUAUGAUUUUUCUGUUUUUAAAUAUUUCUUCCUGUGGAAGAACACUUCUGAUGUAUGAUUAUCACGAAUGGCCAGGCACUGUAAACCCCACUCUCUUUCCGUGUUGACUCUAAGUGGGGACCUCCUUGCUGCAGUCGACCCAAUAGACCCAGGUGCGAGUGGUCCUGCGGCAAAUAGGUGCCACGGCCACAGGUACCGCCCAGCUUCUGGUUGCUACGCUAGCUUAGGGCUGCUUGGGGCCAGUGCUUUGGCAGCGUGUGCUUAUCAUUCGCUGGCCAGUCCAAGGGCUAUUUAUGGCAGGAUUCCAUGCAUAUUUUUACAUAUGCACGGCUCACAUAGACUGUGUUUUGUUUGCUUGCUCUCUUUAAUCACCUCGAGUGCGUGUGUGUGCACUUUGUAGUGGGAUCUAUGUGAGAUUGACUAGAAUGUUGAUGCCAGUCAUCCGUUUUCUUUAUUUCAAGCGCCGUAAAAAUUAGUAUGUCUUAAUGGAAAACUUAUGAGUUGUCAUGAGUUGCAUUCUCACUUAUGCACCACGUACAGUUUAUACAGUACAUAAAAUACAUGCACCCUGUGUCCAUAUAUAUAUAUUAUAUAUACAGAUGCU